UCUCCCCAUUAUAUAUUUCCCUGCUCUGUCCCAACUCAUCGCACGCAAAGCGAAAACGAGCAACCAGAGCGAAAAGAAGAGAGCCAAACAACAACAACAACAAUAACAACAACAACAGCAGAUCUAGAGAGAGAGAGGGAGAAAACGAAAGAGAUGGUACCUGGUUUCAAGCGUUCGAUCUCGCUCCCGAUGAGUCCGCGGCGCAAGGCUCCGGAGAAACCCUACCGCCACGCGCGCUCCGUGAGCCUCCCGUGCCCGUCCCAACCCCUCGUCUCCCACAUCGAGGACGCGAUCCGAACCGUCCGACGCUGGACCUCCGAACCGGACCGGACCCCGGCUCGGAUCUCGACCGGCCUCGGCCGGAUUGCCCUCCUCCUCGCGGCGCUCGACGAGCUCCUCCGCCUCCCCCAGGCCGAGGACGCCCUGCGCCGCGCCGGCGCCGGCGCCGCCGAUCCUCUCCUCGACGACCUCCUCCGCCUCGCCGACGCCUACGGAUCGCUCCGAUCCGCCGCGCUCGACCUCAAGGAGAGCCAGUCCGAGGCGCAGAGCGCUCUGCGGCGCCGCGACGCGGCGCGGCUCGCGUCCUCGCUCGGAUCGCAGCGGCGCGCGGAGAAGGAGCUCGCGCGGAUCGCCUCCGCCGUCCGAUCCGCCUCGAGAUCCGCAUCAGGCACCGAGAUCGCGGAGAUCGUGAGCGAGGCGAUCGCGGCGAUCUCUGCGGCCUCCGUCGCCGUGAUCCUCGGGAUCACGGCGAUCUCCGCCUCCGCCGCAGCUACUGUGAGAAGCUCCUCCGUGCUGGGGCCGUUGAGGAAGCUCGGAUUCAGAUCCUCUUCGAAUAAUAAGAAGGCUACGGAGGAGGAGAAGGAGAUCGCGGCGUUGGAGAGAUUGGAGGAGUUGGAGAAAUGCGUUGGGGAAUUAGAGAGCGGCAGCGAGCGCGUGUUUAGGAGCCUCGUGAACACUCGAGUUUCCCUCCUAAACAUUCUCACUCCCACCUUCUAGAAACACAUUUUCGUUUGUACAUAUAUACAAAUAUUUCAGGAAUGAGUGAGACGCUUUUUUUUUUAAAUUUUGUGUCCUUUUUUUUUUCCCCCCUCUGGUAUGCAUGCU